GCAGCGACUGUAGACAUUUUGGAUCACAAAUCAUCACACUGGAGUCGCCCGAAACAUCUCCAAAGCCGCGUAGCAGCAUGGCCACCGUCCUGGCCGUUGGCGUUGGAGUCGCCGCAGCAGCUUUCUUCGGCCGCGCCGGUCUCGUCGCUCUUCGAAGAUCUCGUGGUGGAAUCAACGCAAUAGGAAAGGCAUACUACAAAGGUGGAUUUGAGAAGCAGAUGAACCGAAGAGAAGCGGCACUCAUACUGGAGACAUCUGAACGCGGAGCGACGAAAGAAAUAAUUCGCAAGAAGCAUCGACAGAUGAUGCUUCUGAACCAUCCCGAUCGCGGAGGUAGUCCAUAUCUGGCUACAAAGAUUAAUGAAGCCAAGGAGUUCUUGGAAAAGGGUGCUUCAUGAUGGCAGUAUGAAUUGAGAACUGUAGGAUGUGGCACGAUGAUCUCAGAUGGACAGUGAAAAAGGUGGCUCAGCGCGGCGUUGGUGUUGGUGGGCACUGCAUUUGCAUCUGUACAAUGGCUCCACCACUUGGGCGUCUAAACACCCGGUCUGCUCUAAUGCUGGGGUCUCGUAUACUGAUUGCAGAUUCACAGCGUCAAGCAGCUGCACUACCUGGGUUUUCUGCCCCUUGACUGAACGCCACUCCGCCAGGAAGCUCGACAGGAAAGCACUGGCUGCCACCGCUACUGCCAUGAUGUACGUCCGGACAAUCACUCGAUUGUAUGCUUCAACUACGGCUGGCAGCACGUCCGCAGAAGCCACUUGUCGUAUGUGCGUUGCUCCAGCACCGUUCACGACAUCGAAACAUACGGUGACCAUGGAAUGAAAAUUAUGAAAUGCAUCUGCUUCAGCCUUCCGGAAGGCGGCUUCCCCGUUUCUGGCAUUCCAGGUCGAAGCAAUCAGCUUCUAGGCAUGUUGCAAUACUACAACAUCAUUCUAGGUUGGAGAAUUGUUCGACCGCAGCUCUGGGACACUUAUUAACGCGUGGCGUACAAGGCGACAGGUACACAAGCAUAAGAUGGACGAAUCAGCGAAAAUUUCAUGCAAUUUUGAC